AUGGAAGACAAAGAGAAGAAAGCUCAUCGUCCACGUCAAGCUGCUGACAAACUUGCUCGUCGUAAACAAGAGCUUCUCCAAAAGAAACUUCAUGUUCCACUCGUAGAUAGAACACCUAUAGAACCACCACCUAUUGUGGUUGCUAUUGUUGGCCCACCACAGACUGGUAAAACUACUUUGAUAAAAUCACUGGUAAAAAGAUACACUAAACAUAACCUUACAGAAGUUAAAGGACCAAUUACAGUUGUUAGUGGGAAAAAAAGAAGAUUGACUUUUAUUGAAUGUGCAAAUGAUUUGAAUUCAAUGAUUGAUAUAGCUAAAAUAGCUGAUUUAGUGCUACUUUUAAUUGAUGCAAGUUUUGGUUUUGAAAUGGAAACAUUUGAAUUUCUUAAUAUUUUACAAGCUCAUGGAUUUCCUAAAAUAAUAGGUGUUCUGACACAUUUGGACAAAUUUAAAAAUAAUAAAGUUUUAAAAAAUACCAAAAAAAGAUUAAAACAUCGUUUCUGGACAGAAAUUUAUCAAGGAGCAAAGCUUUUUUAUCUGACUGGUAUAAUAAAUGGCCGAUAUUCUAAUAACGAGAUACAAAAUCUUUCAAGAUUCAUUUCUAUUAUGAGGUUUCGUCCGCUGAUUUGGAGGAAUACUCGUCCAUAUUUGGUGGCUGAUCGUGUUGAAGAUUUAACUGAUCCCGAGGAAGUUAGAUUAAAUCCAUUGUGUGAUCGUACUAUAACUUUAUAUGGUUAUCUACGAGGAACAAAUAUGAAAAGUAAUAUGAAGGUUCAUAUACCUGGUGCUGGAGAUCAAUGCAUUUCAGAUAUUUCUAUUUUAUCAGAUCCCUGUCCUCUUCCUGAAAAAGUAAGGAGGAGUCUCAGUGAAAAACAAAAACUUAUUUAUGCUCCAAUGUCUGAUGUAGGAGGUAUUAUGUAUGACAAGGAUGCUGUAUAUAUUAAUGUUCCUGGAAGUUUUACAAAAAAAAUUGAAUAUGAACAAGGAUUUGGUGAAAGAAUGGUCAUGAGUUUACAAGAUGCUCCUGAUACACUUGGUAGUCAAUUGCAAGAAAGUGAAUUAACUUUAUUCACUAAUUCUAAUCAUUUGAAAGCAUCGAAUUUGACUCGAUUAGAUGGUAGCGAAUAUGACACUGAAGUUGCUUAUGCUGAAAGUGAUAGUGACUUGGGUGAUACAAUUUUGGAUGAAGAAGAAGGAAAUUCAGAAGAUGUCGAUAGAUCUCUUAGGCAGAAAACUAAUUUGACUGAGGAUGAAGAGGAUGAAGAGUUGUUUAAGUUUGUAGAAAGUGAAGAAAAAUCAAACAAUUCUAUGAACGAAAUUGAUUCAAUAAAACUAAGCAUAAAGAUGGAUGAUUUAAAUCGAUGGGAUAACGAGGAGGUGAACAACUUAGAUGAUGAUGAUGAUGCCCAAAUAAACUUUGAUGACAAUGACGAUGAUUUAGAUGAGGUACAGGGUGAUUUUGAAGAUCUUGAAAUAGGAGAAGCCGUGAAAGCAUCUGAAAAUACCAAUACAAAAGAAGAGAUUGAACGAGAGGCAUUUGCAAAAAAAAAGGCAUUUCUAAAGAAAAAAUUUGAUGCUGAAUAUGACGAUAAUAAGGAUAAGCCGAAGGGAGAUUUUUAUGAUGAAGUAAAGGAGGAGAUAGCUAAACAAUUACAAAUUAAUCGGGAAGAAUUUGAAUCAGAUGAUCCUGUGGCUAGAGCAAUGAUUGAAGGGUUUAGUCCUGGAACUUAUGUUCGUAUCUUAUUGAACGAAAUACCUUGCGAGUUUGUUAAACAUUUUGAUCCAAUAUAUCCUAUAAUAGUAGGCGGGUUAUUAACCACUGAAGAAAAUUUAGGAUUCAUUCAGCUUCGAAUUAAACGUCAUCGAUGGCACAAGAAAAUAUUAAAGACUAAUGAUCCUCUCAUCUUUUCAAUUGGUUGGAGGAGAUUUCAAUCAAUGCCUAUUUAUUCAUUAAAUGAUGGUACAAGAAACAGGAUGCUUAAAUACACACCUGAGCAUAUGCAUUGUUUAGCAACUAUUUACGGGCCAAUCCAUCCCCCAAGCACAAGUUUCUGUGCAGUUCAAUCUGUUUCAGCAAGCAACACAGCUUCAUUUCGUAUUAGUGCAACAGGUGUUGUUCUUGAUAUCAAUCAUUCAGUUGAAAUUGUUAAAAAAUUAAAAUUAACAGGUUUACCUUACAAGAUUUUUAAGAAUACUGCUUUCAUCAAAGACAUGUUUUCAUCUGCAUUAGAGGUUGCAAAAUUUGAAGGUGCAGCUAUUAGAACUGUUUCUGGUAUUAGAGGACAAGUUAAAAAGGCUGUUUUGAAAAGCGAUGGACAUUUUCGUGCUACAUUUGAAGAUAAAAUAUUAAUGAGUGAUAUUAUAUUUCUUCGAGCCUGGUAUCCUAUAAAACCAAAGAAAUUUUAUAAUCCAGUCACAUCAUUAUUGUUAUCUUCAAAGAAAGAUUGGCAAGGAAUGCGAUUAAGUGGUGUAGUUAGACAUGAAUUGAACAUGCCAAAACCACAUAAAUCCGAUUCUGAUUAUAGAAGCAUUGAAAGAAAAACAAGGCGAUUUAAUCCCUUGCACAUUCCAAAAUCUCUUCAGGCUGAAUUACCAUUUGAAUCAAAACCAAAACUUUUGAAGAAACAAUCUAAACAAUCCUAUAUGCAGAAACGAGUAGUGAUUAUGGAACCUAAAGAAAAGAAUGUUUACACACUUAUGCAACAAAUUAAAACCCUCAAGAACGAAAAGGACAAGAAACGAAAGGAAAAACGUACUAAACAACGUAUAGAACAUAUAAAGAAAAUCAAUAAGCUAGAAGAUAAAUUAAAGGAGAAAAACAAACAAGAAAGGAGAGAAUAUUUUAAGAAACAAGGAUUAGCAGAAAAGAGAUCAGCAAAUAAAUCAUCAAUUAAUGAUGAUGAUUUUAAUAGUGAUAGAAUAGCAAAAAAA